AUGGCCUGCCAUCCUCAAACAAAUGGUCAAGCGGAGCUAGCGAAUCGGGAAAUUAAGAAUAUCUUGGAGAAGACGGUUAACCCUACCCCUUGCCAUUUGCCGGUGGAACUUGAACACAACGCAUAUUGGGCGAUCAAGAAGCUCAAUUUCAGUAUGCCUCUUGCCGGUGCCCACCGGAAGCUCCAAUUGACAGAACUCGAGGAGAUGAGGUAUGAUGCUUAUGACCACUCUGGUGCUUAUAAGUCUAAAAUCAAAGCCAGCCAUGAUAAAAAGACUGUGAUUAAAAACUUUGAACCCGGUCAAAAAGUGUCAUUGUAUAACUCUCAUUUGCAUCUUCACCCCGAUAAAUUGCACUCACGCUGGGCCGGUCCUUAUGUUGUUAAAACUAUUUUCCCUCAUGGGGCGAUAGAAGUAGAGAGCAUGAGUAACAGUUCUUCUUUUAAGGUGAAUGGUCAAAGGCUUAAGCCUUUCCUUGGAAGCUUCGAAAUAGGAGAGCCCGAUGAGGAUUUGGUCAAUCCUGUUUACACAGAUGACCCUGUCGAAUAG